CUUUUUCCAGUGCUGCAAUCUUGCUCUUGCAAUCUUUAAUUUCCGCAUAAUUCAUUUCAACUAGCUUAGCAGCUGCUCCCCGAAGCUGUCCAUCUUAGCCGUUAGCUUCUGUAUGGCCUCCACUAAUGCCGAGUUUGAGCUUUCUAUUUGAUCCCGUUAUGAUCUCUCGAGAGGGGGAGCUGCAGAUUUAGUUGGAGUUGCAGGAGCGGUCUUUCUCAACAUACUGCUGCUGCUAGCCAUCUCCAUCUGUGGCCAGUGGAAGAGGGAACUGUGUUUUUACCUAUGGUUUUUACCUUCGUGUUUUGUGGACGGCAUAGCUUCAAGCUUUUUUUUUUCUUCUUUUUUUAAAUCCCUUUUGUUGGUAGAUACGCUUUGUAGUCCGAGACUUCAAACUAUGAAACGUUCCUUGCAAUAGUUGUGGAGUUAAAACAGUCUUAAAUAGGGCUAAAUGUGGCGAGGCUGUUAAGAUGCGACCGUCCGCUCCGCCAUCUUGUCGCCGCCUCCAAGGAGGAACAAAUGUGAGGAGUUGAAAGUGUGCAGACAACUUUAUUCAGCAAUCUCACGUGAAAAAGCCACGCGAAGACAUAAUUCUGCGAGAAGCUCCUUAGCGAUAGAUUUUUAGUUUUAGCCCAUCUUUUCCACACUCGGUCGGAGUUGGACUGUGCACGGCUCGAACUAACCACCACCUCGGGGCAGAAAGUCGCUCGGUGGUGCAGACCGCUGCAGGAAUGUCGCAGAAAGAAAGACCAGUCUUCUACAAGCAGGAGGUCAACAAGACGAUAUGGGAAGUCCCGGAGCGGUACCAGAAGCUGUCCCCGGUGGGCUCUGGCGCCUACGGAACUGUCUGCUCUGCGUAUGACACUGUGACGGAUAUGAAUGUCGCUGUGAAGAAACUCUCUCGACCCUUUCAGUCCAUCAUCCACGCUAAAAGAACGUACCGAGAGCUGCGGCUGCUUAAACACAUGAAGCAUGAGAAUGUCAUCGGCCUCUUGGAUGUUUUCACACCAGCUACUCAUCUGAAGUACUUCACUGAUCUGUAUCUUGUGACUCACCUGAUGGGAGCAGAUGUCAACAACAUUGUGAAAUGUCAACGACUCACAGAUGACCACGUGCAGUUCCUCAUUUAUCAGAUCCUCCGAGGAUUAAAGUACAUCCACUCAGCAGACAUCAUUCACAGAGAUUUGAAACCAAGCAACCUGGCUGUGAAUGAAGACUGUGAGCUGAAGGUAGGAGAAUGCAUCCAAAACAUCAACUUUCAUGUAAGGCUGGUGCAUUUUCUAAGUGUAAAUACCACUCAGAUUCUGGACUUUGGCUUGGCCCGACACACGGAUGACGAGAUGACCGGCUACGUGGCUACCCGUUGGUACCGGGCCCCAGAGAUCAUGUUGAACUGGAUGCAUUACAACAUGACUGUGGAUAUUUGGUCAGUGGGGUGCAUCAUGGCAGAGCUUCUCACUGGAAGACCUCUGUUUCCUGGCACAGACCACAUUGAUCAGUUGAAGUUAAUCAUGACGCUCGUUGGGAGACCAGGCCAAGAGCUUUUGGACAAAAUCACUUCAGAGACUGCCAGGAAUUACGUCAGCUCUUUGCCAAACAUGACCAAGAGGAACUUUGCAGAUGUGUUCAUUGGUGCCAACCCACUAGCUGUGGACCUUCUGGAGAAAAUGCUGGUCCUGGACACAGACCGGAGGAUAACUGCUGCCGAGGCGCUGACCCACCCGUACUUUGCUCAGUACCACGACCCGGACGACGAGCCUGAAGCGGAACCAUUGGACCAGAGUUUUGAGAGCCAAGAUCUGAAGAUUGACGAGUGGAGAAGAUUAACCUACGAGGAGAUGUGUAGUUUUGAGCCGCCGGUUGUGGACGAGGAUGAGAUGGAGUAAUGAGAUGAGCCACCUGCUUCAACCACAGCCUUUUAGCAUGUGCAUUAGUGUUCUAGACGCAUCAUACUGCCUGUCAGAUGUUCAGCCAAUAUUUAAGAAACGGUGAGGUGGUUUUGAUCACCUUACAGGAAGUCAUUACCAGCACAGAAUAAAAACCAAAAUCAGUAAAGCUGUAAAAGUUAUUUUUAUAAACCACUAAUGUUGAUGUUCUCUAGCUGGAAAAUCUCACUUUUUUAUUUUUUAUUUUUUUUUUUGCCAAAACCAUAAAUAAUUUUAUAUUUUUCCUCCAAAACAAGGAAGACUUAUCACUGUGAUGGUGAAAUGCUGAUACACCUGGACCUAUAUCUGUGCUGCUUUGUGUGUGUGUGUGUGUGUGUGUGUGUGUUUUUGUCAGUAAUUUAUGAAUAAGCUUUUUUGAAUAAGGAAUAUGCUAAUCUAUCACACACCUGCUCAAGCUCACAGCAUUGGUUCACUUUGUUGCCUUUUUUAAAAAUCAACAUCUUGUGGAUUUGAAAAGAUAAUGAUUUUAACUGGAUCGGUUCCUCCUGGAAGCAGGUGGGAUGUGAUUCAGGACAUGUCUGUUGUCAUCCCUGAAAUUUUGAGCCUGCCAACUGAAUUUAAUUUAGAUUUAUUGCUUUAAUGUUUGGUGAAGUUCUUACUCAACAGAAUCUGAGCCUCUACUGAUUAAACAUGCUCUUUAACAAUGAAAAGAAAAAUAUUUGUGAAAAUUUUUUCUGCUCAAAAUAUGUAAACAUAGUUUGAGAUUUGUUUUUGUUUUUAAAGUUAUCAGCAUUGGCAUACAUGAAUAUAUUUAGUGUGGUGUUGGUUUACAGAGAUUUAUAAGUGUUAUUCUUUAACCUUUAAUGAAUGAAUGAACUUUAAAGGAGGGAUUUGUAUUUAUACUGCUUUAGGUUAUAUUUAUAAGCAAAAAAUGGAAGAUCCCUUAAUGAAUGACUUUUUGGCCCUGCAGCUUGACUGCAAUUAUCAGUCAUUUAGCGAAAUAAAGACCUAUUUUUAACAUG